UCAGUUCGAUUUCAUUUGAUCUGAGCUGCGGUUGUGUGUCUCCGAUUCUCCGAUCUGUCCAUUGUCAUUGCUCUAGUACUCUCGGCUAAACCCUGAGUAAGAUGAAGCUGUUGCUUUCGCUUUCGCUGGUCGCUUGUCUACUUGUGGCCCAGACAAAGGCCGCCUCCAACUUGGUGUGCUUCUAUGAUUCCUCCAGCUAUAUACGAGAGGGUCUUGGCAAGCUAUUGAAUCCCGAUUUGGAAAUUGCUUUGCAAUUCUGCUCACACCUCAUCUACGGCUUUGCGGGCAUACGCGGUGACAAUUAUCAGGCCUACAGUCUUAACGAGAACUUGGACAUAUAUAAGCAUAGGUUCUCGGAGGUUACGGCACUCAAGCGCAAGUACACCCAUCUCAAGGUGCUGUUGAGCGUGGGCGGGGAUCGUGAUCUCGAUGUGGAGCACCCCAAUAAGUAUAUCGAGCUGCUUGAAGGCGAGAAGGUGCGUCAGGCGGCCUUCAUACAGUCUGCUCAAUCGCUGGUGAAGAACUAUGGCUUUGAUGGCCUGGAUCUGGCCUAUCAGUUCCCGCGCAACAAGCCCCGCAAGGUCCACUCCGAGGUUGGCAUGGUGUGGAAGAAAUUUAAGAAAGUCUUCACCGGCGACUUUGUUGUCGAUAAGGAUGCUGCCCUGCACAAGGAACAGUUCACCUCCUUUGUCCGUGAUGUGAAAAACUCACUGCGCAGCGAUGGUUUGCUGCUCAGCCUAACUGUGCUGCCGAAUGUUAACUCGACUUGGUAUUUCGACAUCCCCUCGCUCAAUGGUUUGGUGGACUUUGUUAAUUUGGCUGCCUUUGAUUUCCUCACACCCCAACGUAAUCCAGAGGAAGCCGACUACACGGCCCCGCUAUACGGUUCAGAUGUACAGAAUCGUCUGCCCCACUAUAAUGCCGACUUCCAAGUCAAGUAUUGGCUGGAUCAAGGCUAUCCGUCCACCAGAAUCAACUUGGGUGUGGCAGCCUAUGGCAAUGCAUGGAAGUUAUCGGCCGAUUCGGGUCUGGAAGGCACCCCUGUGGUGCCGAACACGGAGGGUCCCGCCCCCGAAGGUCUGCAAUCACAAAAGCCUGGUCUACUUAGCUGGCCAGAGAUUUGCUCCAAGCUGUCUAACCCCCAGAACCAGUAUCAGAAGGGCAACGAUGCUCCACUGCGUCGAGUCGGUGAUCCAAGCAAGCGUUAUGGAGUCUACGCUUAUCGCUCCAUAGAUGGCGCUCAAAUUACAGAGGGUAUUUGGGUGAGCUAUGAGGAUCCGGACUCAGCCUCCAACAAGGCGGCCUAUGUGCGCGCCAAUAAUUUGGGAGGCGUGGCUCUGUUCGAUCUGAGCUAUGACGACUUCCGUGGCCAGUGCACUGGAGAUAAGUAUCCUAUAUUGCGUGCUAUCAAGUACCGCUUGUAAAUUUAGUUUAAGGUGAGUUCAAGAUGAGUCUUUGAAUAAAUGGUUCCCCCAAGA